AAGUAUGAGCGAUCAGAUGACUAUUAAGCUAGAAGACACUAUCAUAACUGACGAUAUGUUAAAUGAAAUCAGAGAAGAAGAUUAUAUUUACUACCAUCUUCCCAAAGGAAUAAAACCAUGGUCCAAACUAAAGAGGUUCAGACCAGAUGAGGACGUCAAAAUUCUUCAGAGAGGAACAAAAUAUUGGCAGAGACUUAUCUUCCCGGAAGAUGAAGAAUAUUAUGAGCAAGAAGAGAAGGCUUAUCAAGCCUUCUUAAAUUAUGUUGAAAAUAAAGACAUAGAUUUGCCUGAUUUUAUACAAAAAUAGAGAUGCUAUGAGAUUUCUUCAGGCUAAUGACUAUAAGCCAAAGCUUGCAGUAAAAGAACUGCAACAGAAUUUAACAUGGAGAGAAAAGCAUCUACCUAUAAUUUUGACGGACGUUCAGAAAGAAUUAAUAGAUAACGGAUAUUUAUACACACAUGGCCGUGAUAAAUUAUUUAGACCUCUUGUUGUUCACAACCCUAAAGUAUAUAAGGCUUUCAAGCCUGAUAUAGAUGAGGCUUUAAUGGCAUGUCAUUUUGUGAUGCACUACAUUCGUGACAAUAUGAUGAUUCCAGGAAUUAUCGAAAAUUGGGUGCCAAUUAUAGACUUAGCCAACAUGAGUGUAAAUGAUAUUCCUAAGAAAAGGGUGUUAUCAUUUAUCAAUAGCAACAAAAUGGUGUAUAAAUGAAGAGCAACUAGGUGAUUUAUAUUGAAUUCUACUGCUGGACUCCGUUUACUGUACAGAUUUUUCACUCCUUUCUUAGAUGAAAGAGUUAAAAGUAAGUUGAAAAUAGUAAAAGGGGGAAGUGACGAAGAACUCAUUAGUUAUUUUCAUCCCUCUCAGCUAGAAGAGAGAUUUGGAGGAGAAGCUGAAAAUGUUGAAGAUUAUUGGCCUCCAUAUGAAGCAUCAAAAGAAUAUGGAGAGGAUCAGACAAUGUUUACUAUGGAAGGAGAAGAGAAUAGUAUAGCCGAUGAAGAAAGCAUAGCUUUCGAGACUGACAAAAGAGCAACCAUGGGCAAAUAUAAUAUUGAGCCAGUUCUCGUUCCAGGGCAUAAGAGGAGCAAGUCUUUGAAGCCAAUAGAAAUUGAAGCAGUAGAUAUUCAACUUGAAGAAAAUAACACAGAUCACUUAAAAGAAAACCACAAAGAGAAUAGUACAAACGAUAGGGUGCUCCAUAGAAGAGGGUCAAUUCCUAAAAAGGUCCAGAAAGCUAGAAAUGGGUGAUGAAUUAUAUUCUAA